GUUCAAUUUGAGUGAUAAAAAAUAUUGAAAUUAGUUUGUUGAUUUAGCAACAAUAAUUGUGUUGUUUGGUUCAUAAUUUUAAAUAAUUUAAAGACUUUUAUUUGUUGUUGUUGUUAAAUAAUUUGAGAUUUGAGUUGAUUGAAAGAUUAUCUAAUAAGGAAUGCAUCAGACGGCAUAUCGUCGAGCAAUGGCAUCAGAUUGCACUUCUAUGGUAGCUUCUAUGUCACCAUUUAUUGAUAAUGGAUUAAAUGCUGGUUUUACGGAAUGUUGUUACACUGCAACGGAUUAUUGGUCUGGAUCUUAUGGAAGUAGUGCUAUAAGCCCUAUGAAACAAAUUGAAGCCUGCAUUCAAACAGCAGGAAAAGAUCGAUCAUCAUACAAACCACUUGAACACAUAGCAAUCAAUUCCAAACAUCCUGAAGAAACUUCUACCUGCCAAGAUAAUAAUCGGACAAACAAUGAAAAUAUUAACAGUAAUGGUACUAAUGGAAAGAAGUUCAAAUCAAAAAAGGAUACAAAUAAAAAUGAUGAAAUCGUUCACCCGUCUGUAGCUCAAGCUGUUGUCAUCCUUGAAACCAAACAACUGUGGGAUAAGUUCCACGAACAAGGAACUGAAAUGAUCGUUACAAAAACCGGAAGACGAAUGUUUCCAACCUUUCAAGUUCGAAUUGGUGGCCUUGAUCCUCAGGCAACGUACAUUAUGAUGAUGGAUUUUGUUCCAGUUGAUGAUAAACGAUAUCGAUAUGCAUUCCACAAUUCCAGUUGGGUUGUUGCGGGUAAAGCUGAUCCCAUUUCCCCGCCACGCAUCCAUGUCCAUCCGGAUUCUCCAGCGCCCGGCACUAAUUGGAUGAAACAAAUCAUUUCAUUUGACAAACUCAAACUCACAAAUAAUCAACUUGAUGAGAAUGGCCACAUAAUAUUGAACUCGAUGCACAGGUAUCAGCCAAGAUUCCACAUUGUCUACCUACCGCCUAAAAAUACAUCUCUGGAUGAGAAUGAACACGCCAGCCAUUUUCGCACUUUCGUCUUUCCGGAAACAUCGUUUACGGCGGUCACUGCCUAUCAAAAUCAGAGAGUUACUCAGUUAAAAAUUGUCAGUAAUCCGUUUGCUAAGGGAUUCAGAGAUGACGGAACAAAUGACGUAACAUCCAGCAACAUGAGUAUAACCCAGAUGAACCACGAAAAUCAUAAUCGUAUGAAACAGCAACAACAACAACAACAACAUCAGCCACAAUUAAAUCAAUUGAAGCACUCAUCGAAGGAUUCGAAUUUAGAGUUAGAUGCACAUCAAAAUGCAUUGCAAGUGACAGCUCCUCUUCCACCCUCAACCACUACCCACAACCACAAUAAUGCCUCACCCGAAUUAGGAUAUCAUUGUAGCAAUGGUAUAAAAACUGAUGCUACAUCUGCAGCUGCGGCUGCCUCGACAGCAACCCUCAACAGUACCCAAAUGAAUAGUCUGGCGACAAACGCGACCAAUAUAUACUCCGCCAUCGGGCAAUCCUACACUAGCGAGAGCAGCAACUUUGGAGCGAUCUAUCAUCACAAUCAUCACCAUUUGUCUCAUGGCCAUGGAUAUGGCAAUCCGUAUGAUAAAAUAAAAGUGCCAGGUCAUAUGCGUCAGACGAAUCCCUACAGUACGUAUCAGAGUUUCUAUGGCAGUCCUCAUCAUCAGAUGGUGAGACCCAAUGGAUACAUUGACUUGGUUCCAAGGUGAUUUGGGAUAUCUUUUUUUGUCUCUUAUAUUAUUUGUAUUAUUAUUUUUGUCAUAUUUAUUUUUAAAUAACAUAACUUGUAUUCAUUUUAUUGAAAUUUUGAUAUAAUUUUUGAAAAUUUUGUGUCCCAAUUACUUGGCUUUUAACAUUUUAUUAUGGUCGUUUAGUUUGAUUAAGAAAAAAAUAAAUAAGUUAAAUUUUAUGCAGGUAGAUUCUUUGAUGAUA